ACACUGUGUUAACGAACGGCAAUUUUAAACUUUUUUAGGAAAUAAAAUGAUUUGAUUCUCUAAUUUACUGUUCAACACUUUUUUAACUCUUGGUAAUUGUGGUUGUUGGUAUUUUUAUUUUAUGAUUAUAAUUUAACGUAUCCUACUGUAACAUUUAGUGCGAUGUUAUUGUUUCUGUUUUCUUCCUGUUUAUAAAGAUCGGUCCAGUGCUUCCUACUUUCAAUAAACGAAAUAAGUUUGUGUAAAAUGGCCGAUAUUCGUGUGAUGUUUGUCCUUCCUGAUGAGGGCGAUGACGAAACACAGAGCCCUCUGAUGAUGCAAGCUUUUGACUCCUGCAAGCAAAUUAUUAAUAAUACUUCAUGGAUAAAAGAAUCAGAAAUAGCGGACCUGACCCUUUCUAAAAAAGACUACUUGGUAUAUGAAAAUCUUGACGGGAAAGACUUUAGUACACUUUUAGAGAAGAAGUGCGCUGUUCUCGGCCCACUUGCUAUAAGUGUGUGUCUGAUGGAAGGAAAACCCAUCCCCAGUUUUCAAUACCCAUUUUUAAACGUCGCUAUGUAUGAUUGUGUCGUAGCAUGCACAAAAAUAGUGAAAGCCGAAAAAGAAGAGAUAAAGAGAAAAAUACAACUUAUGGGAGGUUUUUAUGUACCGGAUUUUUCAGAAGGGGUAACACAUUUGGUAGUUGGUGCCUGUAGAUCAGAAAAAUAUACAAAUGCCGUAGCUCAAGGAACAAAAUUAAUGCUACCUGAAUGGGUGCAAUACUCAUUUCAAGAGAGUAUAAAAAGUAAUUUUAAUGCCACAGCACCCAAGAUUCUGGAGAAAUUUAAGUGUCCCGUUUUUCAGGGCUUGAUUAUCUGUAGUACUGGAAUAUCAAGCAGUAAAGAUCGAGAAAAAUUGGGUAAAAUUAUUGUUGCGAAUGGGGGAGUUUUGGCCCAAAAGCUGGUUUUGUCUAAAACUGAUUAUCUGAUAUGUCAUGGUGCUGGUGGUACUUCUAGUGAUAAAUAUAAAGCUGCAAGAAGAUGUUCCCAGAUAACAUGCGUCACUUUAGACUGGAUCUAUGACAGUAUUAAAAAAGGUCAUUUAGCUCCUGCGGAUGAAUAUCGUCCCAAAGCCGUUACAUCUACUCCAACCAAGGAUUGUGAAAACGCUGAUCCAAAUUUUUCAACAAUUAGUGAAAUUGGAGGCUCUUCAAUAUUUCUCAAGCCUCAGAUUGAUGAAACUGUAAAUGUUACUUGUAUGACAACCAAUGGCGACAUGCGCGCCGCCGUUGGACACUCUAACAAAAGAAAAGCUGAUGAAGAUUUAGUAGACAAAAUCGAUAUUAAAAAAGUGAAAAGUGCAGGCAGUUUUUUAGACGGUUGUUCUGUUUUUGUUGCUGGAUUUAACCCCACUCAAAAAGAAAAAUUAAAUAAAAUUAUUAAUAUUAGCGGAGCAACGCGAUAUGAUGUUUUAUCGGAACGUGUCACUCAUGUCAUUGUCGGAGAUCCCAAUAGCCCUGAAGUAACUUCAAUUAAAAGUAAGGGAGGUUAUUGUUUGGUAACAGUCCAGUGGUUACUGAAGUCGGUUGAACAACAAGGUCCUGCUGACGAGUCUAAAUUUUUAAUCACAAAAUGCGAAGAGCCUAAACGACUUGAAGUAGACUCACCUUUAAGCAAGCGCAUGCUAAGUUUAUUAAAAGAAAAUACCGAGCAGGCAUUUACAGAAGAAAAUGAUAGGGAGCACCCAGCGGAAGAAGAUAAAUUAACUCAGCAAUAUCUAAAAAAAAGUAAGCAAAAUGUUAAUGAAGAGGAGGACACGUUAGCAAGACUUCUGGGAGAUCAGGAACUUGAACAGCCAGGAAACUCGAAGGACGAAUUUGUGCUUAAAACACGUCCUUUACAUCGUACCAAAGAGACUUCACCUAAGCCAGCAAUAGAUUUUAAUCCACCAGAUACUUCCACUCAGCUGAGUGAAGAAAGUACAUUAGAGUGUCCGCCGAUCUUUCAAUCGCUGAAAUUUGUAUUAGAUGACUUUGAGGAGGAAGAUCUAAUCACUUAUAUAAAACUUAUUGAGUUUGCACAUGGAACCGUUGUUGAUAAGCAGUUUAAAGGUAUAUGUGACUAUGCUAUUGUUCCUAUUGAAGGCACUUCUGUUAAAAUGCCUCCUGCUAAAGAAAUAGUCAAUACAUUUUGGCUUUUGCAUUGCUUUCACCAUAAAGAACUUCUUAAGGAUUCAGAUAUUCCGUAUUAUUUUAGACCACUUGAGCCACCAACUUCUUCAACUGUUCUAAAGGGAUGCGUAAUUGCAGUGAGCGGAUAUAAUAGCGAAGAAAGAGAAUACCUUAUAUUGGUAAUAAAACUUUUAGGUGGAAUUUAUCAAGACUUAUUAUCACGUAAAUGCAAUGAAGCACGAAAUGUCUUAGCCACAACACAUCUGGUUAGCUUAAGUCCUAGUGGAAAAAAAUACGAAGCUGCUAUAAAGUGGGGCCUACCUGUCGUUACGAAAGAUUGGCUAUUAGAAUGUUUAAAGACAGACCACAUCGUAUCAGUGAACAGAUUCGCUGUUUCAGCAGAAGAUUCUAGUUCUGUAACGAUUUGCGAUAAAUCUAAAGAUGGUGACAAAAAGCAGCCUGGUACACCUAAAAACGAAAAUAUAAAAUCUGCUGAUUUAAAAAAUCGUACACCAAAAACGCCUUUAAAUAAAAAAUUGAACAUCUCGGACGAACGUUUCAGCCAAGUUACCCCGAUUAAUAAAAUUUUACAAGAUGCUAUUAAUAAUAAAGUACUACCAACACCGCCUAGCCCAGAAACGUAUUAUCCCUGGAAUCCCAAAACACCAGAUACUCCUUUAGGGGCAUUCAUAAAUGAAAAUCCUUCCCCGGGUCUGAAAAAAGAAAUGCAUAGAUAUAUAAAUUCCUUCCCAGAUUUUGUCCCCCCGAAAAGGCGAAUGAGUACUCCACUUUCCGAGUUAAGAAGGCGGUUAGUUAAUAAAUGUUUGGGAAUAGGCGAAUCUAGCCAAGCUAUUGAUCCAGGAAAUAAACCUCUGGAAACCCAAGAUUUACCUGCUGAAGACAACAAUAAAGAUUUGCCAUUAACUCCUAACCAAAAAAAUAUAGAGAAUAAAGAAGUGCAUAAAAAAUUACAGGAGUUGCAAGAGAGAGUCCUAGCCAGCGGAAGUUCAAGUGCCUCAAGACGAUCUAGCAAAAUACAUCAUGCUUCUUCGAAUUUGCCUAGUAUCGAAAAAACUAAUAUCGAAGUCCAGUCGCAAGUUUGCACUGUGGGUUGGGAUUAUGAAGAAGAAAAGACACAUUGUCCUAAAGAUAAAAUAUUUAUGUUGUCUGGUAUGAGUUUUGAUCAGAGGGAAUUAUUGGCAUCCAAUUUAAAAAAAUUAGGCGCUUCGGUGUCCGAAGCUGCUAAUUACGAUCCAACUGCUACUCAUUUGAUCUGCGUUAAGCCUUCAAGAAAUGAAAAGACGUUGGCCUGUAUGGCUGCCGGGAAAUGGAUUUUACAUGUCUCGUACGUUGAAAAAUGUAUGGCAGCAGGUCGGUUUAUAGAUGAAGAAGAAUUCGAAUUUGGGAAUCCUAAAGCGAGAAAUAAUGUGCAGUUUGAAGAAAAGGAUAAUUGUAUUCACUUAUGGCGAAAAGAAAUCAGUCGACGGGGCUACGGAGCGUUUAAUGAUAUGCGAGCGAUCGUAAUGACCGACAGAAAAGCUGCGAUUGCGAAUGUUAUUGAAGCCGGUGGAGGCUUAGUUGUAAAUGUGGAACCACCAUUUGAAGAUUCAAUUCAUGCCACUCAUUGUCUCUUGGAUCCUAAAAAUAUUGAUCUCUCUAAAUAUGAAGUUUUAGCCCAGCAAGGUAUUAAGUGCGUGAAUACACUUUAUAUACAUAAUUUCUUAUUAAGAAAUAAAAUUGAUGAUAAUAUCAUUCCGCAGUUUUUAAAAUAUUACUGAUCAAUGUUAUUUAAUUUAAAAUAAAUAUUGUUAUUUUUG